AUGGGUCUGCUGUACCCCGUGACAGGGGUCAAGUUUGUGUUUGCCUCUUCAGUGCUGUUGUGCAUGUUGGGAUGGUUUUCUGUCUUGCAAAAGCUUCAAGCCAAUUCUGCCAAUUUGCAGACCAAUUGUCUCCAGGAGCAACAACAUCAUCACAUGAUUCAUCAAGACUGGAAAUUGGAAAAACAACAGCAAAUACAAUCGACACGACAAUUAUCAUCCAAGGGUCACACGGCGCACAUGGCACCACACGAGUUGUCCAAGCAAAACAUGCCCAAAGGUCCACACAAGCAUCUUGCUACCCAUCAUGCUUCCCAUUCUACUAGUACUACUACUAAUAAGAAGCACCCCAAUAAGAAGAAACGACUGCGAGUCCUCAUGGGGAUCUUCACCAUGGACAAGGCCAUUCAAGGUCCCUACCGACGUGAGUUUCGAAAACUCUUCAAAGUCUUUCCCAUGUUCAAUGACACCAGGGUCUGUUCGCUCUACGACUUUCAAAUGGCUCCCAACGACGAACUCCGGUAUCAAUGUCAAUUCAUUUAUACCUUUGUUGUGGGAGGUAAUAAGACUAAUAAUGCUCGAACCGAACUGGUUGAUGAUUCGGCUCCCAUCACUGUGACGCCCUCCACAAAUCACAAUCACAAUCAUAUUCGCUCCAAAGAUUUGCGCAGUGCCACCGAUGUCACGUUCCUGAAUAUACAAGAAAACAUGAAUGACGGAAAAUCACAAACCUGGUUUAAAUACGCCGCUAUGUUGAUGCAACAAUACGAUCUCGACUAUGCCGGGAAAAUGGACUCGGAUUCGUUGCCCUACAUGGACAAAUUUUUCUCUUGGGCACACACGUACUUGCCACCACCCCCGUACAAUGCCGGUAUUCUCGCCGGAGUCCCCAUUGAUAAACUCUGGUGGCAGUCGCGCAGCAAGGCGCAAAUGGCAUUGGAUGAAACGGAAGAUUUCUUCAAGAAUAGUUUUGGAAAAGUCUUUCAUCUCUACGCGGCCGGCCAGUGUUAUAUUCUCAGUCGCGAUUUGGUCCACACGGUCGUGCUGGAAGCACCCCACAGUCAUGCGUAUCAAGAAGGACACGAAGAUCACGAUAUUAGUGCCAUGGCAUUUCAUUCCAGCAAACCCAUUAGUUUUCACUUUCUCAAUUUGCAACAACAAUUCUGGAGACAUCCCGUGAAGAGAUACAAGAAAAAGGUGCGAUACUGGAGGACCCUCUGGCACAAUGAAAAUGUACGACUCAAGGAAGUAUUGCGGCAACGACGAGACCAAAUAAUGCUCAAGACACAAAAUAACAAUAAUGGAGUUGUGGUGGUGGAUGAUGAUGCCGUGUUUGUCACACCCGAGCAAUUGGCAGCACCCGUGCAAACGGCCCAGGAGGAGGUCACGGAAGGAGAAGAGGAGGAGGAAGAAGCAGAAGUGGAUGAAAAUGGCGAAGAAGACAACAAUGCUGCCGAGGAAUAG